AUGAACCAUUUGGUUGGACCACCUGAGGGGGAGGUAAGUGAAGAGCCAGCAAACGGAGCAGUGAAUGAGUCAGUGGAGGCUGACCUGCAGCACCCAGAAGUGGAGGAGGAGCAGCGGUAUGCAACUCGCUACCCAAGGCACACAGACAGCAGCCAAGGGGGCCUGUCUGGGCAGGAGGAAGAAGGGAUGUUAGCUCGGUCAGCCAGCACUGAGAGUGGUUUCCACAACCACACAGAUACUGCAGAAGGGGAUGUAAUAGCCACAGUGGAGGACAAUUACGACACAGAGAGAGUCCAGGAAAAUGAAGAUGAGAGCGCGUAUGCAGUACAGUACAGGCCUGAGUCUGAGGAGUACACGGAGAAUGCUGAGGCUGAGCACGGUGAGGCCAUUCACAAUCGAACAUUGCCCAAUCACUUGCAUUUCCAUUCCAUUGAACACGAGGAAGCCAUGAAUGCAGCAUACUCGGGGUAUGUCUAUACACACAGGCUCUUCCACCGAGGAGAGGAUGAGCAGUAUGCUGAGCCUUACGCUGACUAUGGACUGCAGGAGCAUGUGUACGAGGAGAUAGGAGAUACACCAGACAUCGAUGUGAGGGAGGGGAUCCAACAAUAUGAGCGGGAAAGAGAGGAAGUUGACAAUUACCGCAAGGAGGCACUUGGUGCCCGCCUUCACCAUUAUGAUGAACGGUCUGAUGGAGAGUCUGACAGCCCUGAGAAGGAAGCAGAGUUUGCACCCUACCCGAGAAUGGAUAGUUACGAACAAGAGGAGGACAUUGAUCAAAUUGUAGCAGAGGUGAAGCAGAGCAUGAGCUCCCAGAGCUUAGAUAAGGCUGCUGAGGACAUGCCAGAGGCAGAGCAGAGUUUGGAGCAUGGCCAUGCUCUUCCCAGUGGUGGGCAUGAAAGUAACAGUCAACUCCCAGCUGGUUCUCGAGUUACAUCCAGUUCAGGAGAGUCUGUACAGAGGUACAGCAAGGAAAAGAGAGAUGCAAUUUCACUGGCCAUCAAAGAUAUUAAAGAGGCUAUUGAGGAGGUGAAGACAAGGACCAUCCGUUCUCCUUAUACCCCUGAUGAACCUAAGGAGCCUAUCUGGGUGAUGAGGCAGGACAUCAGUCCAACCAGGGACUCCGAUGACCAGAGGCCACUAGAGGGAGAUGAAACCAUGAUGGAUCAUCCCCUGCGGACCAUUUCCUACAUAGCAGAUAUAGGAAACAUAGUUGUUUUGAUGGCUCGUAGACGAAUGCCACGGUCUAACUCCCAGGAUAAUGUGGAAGCAUCUCAUCCUUCCCAAGAUGGAAAGAGGCAAUACAAAAUGAUUUGCCAUGUCUUUGAGUCUGAAGAUGCACAGUUGAUUGCACAGUCCAUAGGUCAAGCAUUUAGUGUGGCCUACCAAGAAUUUCUGAGGGCAAAUGGAAUCAACCCAGAAGACCUUAGCCAGAAGGAGUAUAGUGACUUGCUAAAUACCCAGGACAUGUACAAUGAUGACCUGAUUCACUUCUCCAAAUCUGAAAACUGCAAAGAUGUUUACAUUGAAAAACAAAAGGGAGAAAUCCUAGGUGUGGUGAUUGUGGAGUCUGGCUGGGGAUCCAUUCUGCCUACAGUUAUCAUAGCCAACAUGAUGCAUGGAGGACCAGCAGAGAAGUCUGGAAAGCUAAACAUAGGGGACCAGAUCAUGUCAAUCAAUGGGACCAGUUUGGUUGGUUUACCACUCUCAACAUGUCAGAGCAUUAUAAAGGGUUUGAAAAACCAGGCCCGGGUUAAACUGAACAUAGUUAGGUGUCCUCCGGUGACCACAGUCUUGAUCAGGAGACCAGACCUCAGAUAUCAGUUAGGCUUCAGUGUGCAGAAUGGGAUUAUCUGUAGCCUUAUGAGAGGAGGUAUAGCAGAGAGAGGAGGCGUGCGUGUCGGCCAUCGGAUCAUUGAAAUUAAUGGACAGAGUGUUGUGGCAACACCCCAUGAGAAAAUUGUUCACAUUCUCUCAAAUGCUGUUGGUGAGAUUCAUAUGAAGACUAUGCCAGCUGCCAUGUACAGACUGUUGACUGCGCAAGAGCAACCAGUUUACAUCUAA